AUCAUCUAGUUCAUCAUCUAGCUCAUCAUCUAGUUCAUCAUCUAGCUCAUCAUCUAGUUCAUCAUCUAGUUCAUCAUCUAGCUCAUCAUCCAGCUCAAGCUCUAGUUCCAGCUCAUCAUCUAGUUCAAGUUCAAGCUCUAGUUCAAGCUCCAGUUCAAGCUCUGCUGUCUCCUCUUCUACUUGCUACAGUGGUGAUUUAUUUGAAGUAAUUGCUACAGAUGCUCCACCAUCAGUAUUUGAAAGAAAAGAAUUACCACUUCAGCUUCCACCUUAUGUUUCGAACAACGGAAAACCUAUUGAAACUAACAAGUUCUAUGCUAAUAUAUUCUUAGAUGACCAAACUGAUAUGAUUUAUGCUUAUCCCUAUAUUUUAUUCUGGAAGACUGUUGAUUACUAUGGAUUUGGUCUUUAUCACACUAAUGAUUCUGAUAGAGUUUAUGCAUCUGUAGACACUAACAAUGUUGGAGUCGAUUCAUACUUCUUCAACCCUGUUGGAAAUGCUGAAAUCAUCUUCUCAGCUACUUCAUUUUCAAGUACUGCCAAUAAUGUAUCUGUUUCAAACACUGAAAGUAUGUCAGUUUUAAUUAAUUUAUCAGCUACUCCUGGUGAUACUGUUAAUACUAUUGAAAUUCCAAUUGUUGAAGGUAUGGGUUUUGCAACUGCCAUUUAUCAUGGUGAUUUAGUUCCAUUAUUAAAUACCCUUAUUGGGUUUUCAACUUUCACUGAAGAACUUUCUUCUGCUUUACCAACUAACUUACAAAAGUAUCGUGUUACAUUAUUUAAUGGUAUUGAAUGGUUAGUUUAUGUCACUGUACCUGAAGGAUCUGAUUUUACACUUGUUAGUGAAGAUCAAUUCCAUGUUCAAGGUUCUGGAUCUGCCGAUGGAGUUAUUGUUCAAGCUGCUGUUGCUCCUUCUGAACGUUCUUUAGAAACUUAUUAUGAUCAAGCAGCCGGUCAAUAUGCUGUUAGUGCAACUGUUCAAGGUUCUGUUGAAUGUACCGAUGCUACUUAUAGUUUCCUUUAUAAUACUGAAGGUACUUCUUUAAGUAAUUCUCCACUUAUUUUUGCUUUACCUCAUCAAGUUGCUUCAUUAGCUCCUGUAACUCAAAAUGCUGCUACUGGUAUUACUAUUGCUUCAUCAUCUAAAGGUACUAUGUCUGGUUACUUAACUAAUGAAUUAGUCUUACAAGAAACUUUAGAAAAUAAUAUUGGUUGGUUACCAUGGGUUCAAGGAAUGUCUUCUGUUCCUUUAACUUAUACUGCUGAUCAAUUAGCUUUACUUGCUUCUACUGCUAAUGAUGAAUUGAAUGUCAAUAUUGCUGAGACAGUUGCCAAUCAAGAUUCUAUGUACUAUUCAGGUAAAGCAAUUGAUAAAUAUGCUUAUAUCUUAUUAGUUGUUAGUGAAAUUCUUGGUGAUGAAGCUGUUGCAAAUGCAACUUUACAAUCCUUGAAAUCUGCUUUCCAACCAUUCCUUGAAAAUACAGAAUACUAUCCAUUAAUGUAUGAUACUAAAUUCCUUGGUGUUACUUCUACUGCUAACAAUGAUGGUGAUACUGGUGCAGAUUUUGGUGCUGGAUACUAUAAUGAUCAUCAUUUCCAUUAUGGUUACUUUGUUCAUGCAGCUGCUGUUGUUGGUUAUAUCGAUAAGAAAUUUGGUGGUACUUGGGCUGAAGAUAAUAAAGAUUGGGUUAAUUCUUUAGUUAGAGAUGUUGCUAACCCAUCUGCUGAUGAUAGUUAUUUCCCAAUUUCAAGAAUGUUUGAUUGGUUUGGUGGACAUUCUUGGGCUGCUGGUUUAUUUGCUAGUGGUGAUGGUAAGAAUGAAGAAUCGAGUUCUGAAGAUUUUAACUUUGCUUAUGGUAUGAAGAUGUGGGGUAAUGUUAUUGGAGAUCAAUCAAUGGAAGCAAGAGGUAGUUUGAUGUUAGCUAUAACUUCUAGAGCAUUAAACAUGUACUUCUACUAUACAACUACUAAUACUGUGGAACCACAACAAAUUCUUCCAAAUAAGAUUUCUGGUAUUUUCUUCGAAAAUAAGAUUGAUUAUACAACUUAUUUUGGAGCUCCAAAUACCCACCCAGAAUAUGUUCAUGGUAUUCAUAUGUUACCAAUUACUCCAGCUUCUUCAUUAGUUAGAAUUCCAAGUUAUGUAUCUGAAGAAUGGGCCGAUCAAAUUUCUACUUUUAUUGAUAAUGUUGAUAGUGGUUGGACUGGUAUUUUAUACUUGAAUGAAGCCUUAUUCAAUGCUGCCUCUUCUUAUUCUUUCUUCUCCUCCUCAGAUUGGUCUGAUAACUACUUAGAUGGGGGACAAAGUAGAACUUGGAGUUUGGCUUUCUCUGGUGGGGUUUCUAAUGCAAAUUAGAGAUACUGAAACGAACUUCACUUUUACUUCUUUCACCUGUGUAAUUAUAAAUAGACUACUGUAAUAAUAGAAUAAUAUAUACCAUCGUUAUUGGCUUAA